CGUCUGUCAGGCGUACAUUGUGUACCUCCCUGCCAGAAGUAUAAGACAAGUUGAAACCAGUGAAAACCUGUGAUACAACAUUUCCUGGCUUACAAAACUGUACAAAAGCGACUGACGCAAAGGGAAAUACGACACCUGAUUCGCGAGGUUUCUACCUGCCUGCUGUCACGUUCUAACUUGUAUCUGUACUUAGUGUAUAAAUUAUUCAUUUUCUGUCAUUUAUUAAUAAGAAUGCAGCAUGUAAAUCGUUUCUUAGUCGUAUUAAGAUGGAUGCUACAACUUCCCGAUGAAACCAAAUGUUCCUCUUUUCAGUUUUUGUAAUAUCUGCCUGUAUGUUUUACACUCAUUCACUACUCUGAGCUCUCUACUAAAGCAACAGCGGUCUAUAUACAUAACCACAAACAAUGUAUCUAAAGACGUGUUUUGAGUUGUUGGUAAAUUACGGAAUUGCAAGCAAGUGUCAUCACCCUGUUUCGCAACUCUUCAAUUUGACCUGAGUCACUAUGAUGUGUGCCACAACCACAAUAUGUGGCAGUGGGGGGAAAUGCGAAUUAUUAUUAUUAUUUUUUUUGUUCAGCACCCAGCUAAGCUAAUGAGAAACACAACUGAUGCUUCAUAUAUGGAGGGAAGGUCCGUAAAUCCCCUUUAUAAAUCCCCUGAACACAUGGUUUGGAAUUUGAAGAGAAGAGAGCGGUGGGGAAACGCACGUAGUGCCCUCACACACACAGCCGCAUCAUUGGCUGCACGUCAGUGUGGCUCAAGUGUUUCAUUGGUGACCGAACAGGCUUCAGUCAGAUGAGAUCAGCACCACAGUCAGCUGAGCGGAUCUCAUUCAAAGCCUCUUCAAAAGAUGUGCCGUGCGAACGUGAUGGUCCUGGUCCUAGGAGGGCAUCAUCAGUGAAAAACUUUAAACACAGAGCAUCGUUAAGUAGAGAUCUGACAAAGCAUCAUGGGAGGUGCAGUUGUAGACACUGGUGACAGUGGGGUCAAGGCCCCCGAUGGAGGAUGGGGUUGGGCUGUCCUCUUCGGCUGCUUCAUCAUUACAGGUUUCUCCUACGCCUUUCCCAAAGCGGUCAGCGUCUUCUUCAAAGAACUUAUCCGAGAGUUUGGAGUGGGCUACAGUGACACUGCUUGGAUCUCCUCCAUACUACUUGCAAUGCUUUAUGGCUCAGGGCCUAUAUGCAGCAUCCUAGUGAACCGGUUUGGGUGUCGCCCUGUGAUGAUGGUCGGGGGCCUUUUUGCCUCACUGGGCAUGAUUUUAGCAUCCUUUUCAACCAACAUCAUCCACAUCUAUCUCAGCACAGGAGUCAUAACAGGUUUGGGUCUUGCUCUGAACUUUCAGCCAUCCCUCAUCAUGCUGAACAGAUAUUUCAGUGAGAAAAGGCCCUUGGCCAAUGGGUUGGCUGCAGCUGGAAGUCCCGUGGCUCUGUGCUGUUUGUCUCCUCUUGGUCAGGUUCUUCAAUACAAGUAUGGUUGGCGUGGAGGCUUCCUCAUCCUUGGAGGGAUUCUACUGAAUUGCUGUGCAUGUGGGGCCCUCAUGAGACCCUUGAUGGCACUGAAAAAAACAAGCGAGGUGGAUGAGAAGGAAACCAAACCCAAACCAAAGCCCAAGCUUCUUGACUUUACUGUCUUUAGAGAUCGUGGCUUUUUGAUUUACACGGUGGCUGCGGCCAUCAUGGUGUUGGGUCUUUUUGUGCCUCCAGUGUUUGUGGUAAGUUAUGCCAAGGAACUGGGCAAUGAGGACACAAAGUCUGCCUUGCUGCUCACCAUACUAGGGUUCAUUGAUAUCUUCGCCAGGCCAACAUGCGGUAUCAUCGCUGGGCUCAAGUGGGUUCGGCCACGAUGUGUUUACCUCUUCAGUUUCGCUAUGAUCUUCAAUGGCAUCACUGAUCUUAUCGGCUCCAUGGCCAAAGACUAUCCAUCUCUCGUGGUGUUCUGCAUCUUCUUCGGUAUCUCCUAUGGCAUGGUUGGAGCCUUACAGUUUGAAGUGUUGAUGGCCAUUGUGGGGACAGAGAAGUUCUCCAGUGCCAUCGGCUUGGUGCUGUUGGUCGAAGCCUUUGCUGUGUUGGUGGGACCACCUGGAGCAGGUCGCCUUCUGGAUGCCACAAAGAACUACAUGUUCGUCUUCCUGCUGGCUGGGUGUGAGGUGGUCCUCUCGGCCCUUGUGCUCGCAAUCUGUAACAUGCUCUUCAUCAAAAGGAAGCCCGAACAGCCUGACCCUCCAGCCAAGAUGGAGAUGGCCGUUAUCGACACGGAGAUGGAGGAGCUCAACAAAGCACCAAAGAACGACCAAGACAACGGAGGUGGUGAAAAUGGGAAGAAGCAAGCCAUCGAACACGAAGCAACGACAAAAUCUGAUGAUAAAAAGGUUGAAGAGCUUGAAAGCAUAGGGGUGGACUCUGUAGAGCUGGAGAAUGCUUCCAAAAAUGUGACCGAACCAAACGGUGUGGUUGUAGAACCUGAAUCCUCUCUGUGAAGAUACUAGAACACUAGACAUGACAGAGCUUCCUUUGUAGGACUCCUGGACAUGCGUUUGAUGUUUGUAGUGUAUGCUUUUUGUAUCGCACUUCAAAUGUGGUUGCAAAGGACUGCUUUCAGACCUGCUCUCCAGUUCAGAUUCAGCCACUUUUAGGCCAAUCACUGCCUUGUAUGUUAGCAGAAAUGUCAGGAUGUGUUCUCAAACUUGCAUUCAAAAAAUAGAUUCAGUUUAUACUGUGGCACCAGAUUUUAGGCCAGUAAACACUCCACAUCAGAGCAGGUCACCAGCAUUAUACUGAAUAUAACCAGCUUGCUUGCUUUGUGGCAUUCAGUGUUUGCUAAUGUGGAUUGUUGGUUCAUAGUACCUUUUUUGUCAUCUACUGUAACAUUUUAAACUGGUCCUGGGAGAGCACAGGAUUGUAUUAAAGUCCUGCAUUUCAGACAAAUGGAACCAGAUUAACCUGUACAACAUGCAAAUGAGGAUUCUAGUUAGUCUUUUUAAAUUGGAAACAUUCUUGAGGAAUUUACAGAGUUCAGACAUGCUUGUUUUUGGGGAACAGUCCAA